AUGGUUCAUGUAACUCAUAUUGGUGAUAAAGAUAUGUUUUUUAACAAUGAUUCAGCAAAAGAACAGUAUUUAAAAACAGUGACUUCUCUGCAUACACCAGAAGAAAGUGAAUUACAUAUUUUGGAAACAGAAAAUCGUCAAGCAGUUCCUACUAUUCCAUCAAGACCAGAUAAACGUGCAUUGGAUAAUAAAAAUCAGACCGUACAAGCUCCACCACAUUCAACAUCGGCGCAUCGACCUCCGCCAUUGCCCCUGAUUAAAGAAGACUUAUAA